AUGGCUGCACCUGUUGCUAUAGGCACAAGAGGCACCAUUGGAUCACUAGUAAGAAAGGAAAUUGAGUAUUUCACGAAAUUCGAGUUAGAUAGAAGAGGAAUUUCACAGAAACCUCAGCACCAUCUUGCGGACAUGGAUAUGGUUUCUGAUAGAACCAUUUCCAUGCCGAAGCCUAGUUUCUGGUUUUUGCCAACAACAUGGAAGAGGAAGAAGCAAAGAAACACAAGUAGAUUCUUCAGGAAAAUAUGUUCUGUUACAGAAGUAAAUGAAAGUAAUCACUUCAACAGAAUUCCGGGUCACAGCUACAAAAUCCUCAGGAAUGAUAUCAACAACUUUCAGCUCUAA